GCCGUGGAUGGGGCAACAUGGACGACUGCGAUCUGGGCAUUGGCGGAGGGAGCGCUGCUGUGGCGGAAUGGAUAUUGUGAAAGGCGCGAGGGAAUCUUACGUUUCUAUACAGGGGUGAAUAAGUUUUAGGGUUCUUGUUCUCCAGGUCUUCUUUCUUGGGGGGAGAAUUCUCCCUGUUGAUGCGAUUCUUGUGGGAUUUUGAGCUGGAGCAUUCGAUCGCAGGCAGCGGCGGAUGAAUUUGACUCACAGGAUGGAUCGUAGCUCGGAUCUUGGAAGCGGCAGCUGUUUCCUUCGCAGUAAUCCGGUAUUUCGUCCUUCCCGAUCGAGCCUUGUAGCAAUGUAGAGGUCGCAGCUUGGAUUUUGCUAUCGGGUAGGGCAGUAAUGGGGGAUUCGGCGGUGCGUCCUUCUUGGAGCUGGGGUCUUCCCACUUACGAGUCGAGGAAGAAUGCUGAUGCCGAGCUUGGGGAUGUGGCCGAGGAGGAGCCGCCAGUAGUGAAAAGUCCUCUACCCAGCAGCAGGAGGAUGAGCGUUACUAAGAGUAUCUCGCCAGACUCGGCGAAGAAGGCGCUGGCAAAUCGAGUUUCCAGGCUCAAGGAGCGCGUGACAAGCGCUCGUGAUGAAUGUUUGGAACUAAGACAGGAGGCGAGUGAUUUGCAAGAGUAUUCUAAUGCAAAGCUUGGAAGGGUGACGCGUUAUCUGGGUGUUCUUGCUGAAAAGGCUCGAAAGCUAGAUGAGGUUGCGUUGGACUCCGAAGAUCGACAAGCCCCGUUGAAGAAAGAGCGAAAGAAACUUUUCAACGAGCUGCUUACUAUCAAAGGAAAUAUUCGCGUCUUCGUUCGAGUGAGACCUCAGUUUGAGGAUGAAGGGCCAAUGGCAGUGUCUUUUCCUGAUGACUACACGAUUCGCGUAAGCCUGACAUCCGCUGGGAAUGUCGGAGUGAGCCCUGGCCGGAAGGAGUUUGAGUUUGAUCGCGUUUAUGGUCCUCAUGUUGGUCAAGCGAGCAUUUUUCAAGAUGUCCAGCCUUUAGUGCAGUCUGCUUUGGAUGGCUAUAAUGUCUGUAUGUUUGCUUACGGGCAAACCGGAGCAGGGAAGACACACACUAUGGAAGGGCCGAGCCAUGACCGUGGUCUUUAUUUUAGAGCAUUUGAGGAGCUGUUCGAUCUCUCUAUAACGGAUUCGACCUCAACCUCUAAGUAUCUCUUUUUUGUUACCAUGUUCGAACUUCAUAACGAACAGGUUCGAGAUCUUCUAGGCAAUGGAGUGUCGGCAGGAGUGGUGCAAAUGGGGACUGUAUCUCUUGCCCAACAACGAGUCGACAAUCCCGCCGACUUUGCUCGUGUCUUCAGAAUGGGCAAUCAGAGUCGUGUAGAGGCCUUGAAGUCGGAAAGAGUGAACAGAUCUCACUUGAUUGUCACUGUUCAUAUCCAUUAUUCGAAUACAGUUUCCGGCGAAAAGCAGUAUAGUAAGCUGUCUAUGGUGGAUAUGGCGGGAAGCGAAAGGCUAUCGGACUCUGAAGCCCGCGGGAACCGACUGACAGAGUCACUACACGUUAACAAAGCUCUUUCUGCAUUGGGAGAUGUUGUUUCCGCUCUAACUGCGAAGAAGGAGAAUGUUCCCUACAGCAAUUCAAAGUUGACUGAGAUCUUUUCCGAUGCCUUGGGUGGUGAGGCGAAAACACUGGUGAUUAUAAACCUUUGUCCAAGUUACAACAAUGUUCAGGAAACGGUGUCAUCUCUCAAUUUUGCUACUCGUGCACGUAAUGUUGAGUUAACUAUUGGAAAUCGUGACACCAUAAAGAAAUGGCGAGAUCUGGCAAAUGAUGCCAGAAAAGAAUCCUACGAAAAGGAGAAACUAGUCUCUGAUUUGCAACAAGAAAUCAUGAGAACGAAGAAGUCCAUGAAAGAUUCGGAUGAUCAAUGUCUGCUGCUUUUCAACGAAGUACAGAAGGCUUGGAAAGUAGCUUUUGACCUUCAGGCUGAACUUGGCGUGCAACAAGCUCACAUCAGUAAGCUUAAGGUAGAAAGUAGCGAGUAUGGAGAAAAGUAUCGUCUUGAGAAAGAAAGAAACAGUCAGCUUAGCUCUCAAGUGGCGCAGCUGUCAAAAAUUGAGCAAGAUCAAAGAAUCGAACUCCUUGAUCGUGGAGAGCAGAUCCAAGUACUUGAGGCAAAGAUCAAAGAAUUGCAGCAGCAAGUUCCACGCAGGAGUGUUGAUGGUAACAUAUUUAAAAAUCCAAGACAGGACUCUUUCAAGAAAGAAGAAACUGAGACUGUUAUUGCCGUCAAACUGAAGCUCGAGGAAGAGCUUUCAAAACGGGACGAGCUCAUAGAGCGUCUGCACCAAGAAAAUGAGAAGCUGUUUGAACGUUUGACCGACAAAAGUGUAAAUUCUCCGAAGGUUCCUCCUCCGCCAGAGAAUAAAGAAGUAGACGGCUACGAUUUAGAUGAACCGGCUAGAAGCGGGAAGAAAACUGAAAGUGGGUCUGUAACUCCGGGAACAGUUGCUCUCUUGAAAAGUACGGAGAAAGUGAAGACUACACCGGCUGGGGAGUACCUUACCUCCGCUCUGGAGGACUUUAAUCCAGAUCAAUACGAGGGUCCGGCAGCCAUUGCUGAUGGAGCGAAUAAGCUUCUUAUGCUGGUUUUAGCUGCCGUCAUCAAGGCAGGCGCAGCAAGGGAGCACGAAAUGCUAGCCGAAAUUCGUGGUGCUGUCUUCUCUUUUAUCAGAAAAAUGGAGCCUUUGAAGGUUAUGGACACCAUGCUAGUUUCGCGCGUCCGGAUCCUUUACAUUCGUUCUCUUCUAUCUCGUUCAUCAGAUCUCCAAGCUAUCAAAAUGCCACCUGUGGAGCGGUUCUUAGAGCGGGCCGGUGCGUCGCGUAGCAGAGGACCGAGUAGAGGGAGCAGCCCUGCUAGAUCUCCGAUUUGGCAGGAUUCAAACUCGCGGAAAGAUUUUUACGAGGACAUUCCAACUUUUAAAGUUCAACUGAAGCAAGAAAGAAAGUCAAAAUUCUCUUCUAUCGUAUUGAAGCUCAGAGGAAUUGAUCAGGAGACGUGGAAACAACAUAUCACUGGAGCUAAGUUACGAGAAAUGACUGAAGACGCAAGACAAUAUGCUGUGAGCAAUAAGAUGUUGGCAGCUUUAUUUGUACAUACACCUGCUGGGGAGCUGCAAAGACAAAUACGGGCAUGGCUAGCCGAGAACUUCGACUUUUUGUCUUUGACUGGAGGCGAAAGCAAUGGAGGUGGUGCCGGGCACUUGGAGCUUCUUUCCACUGCAAUUAUGGACGGCUGGAUGGCUGGUCUGGGCAUGCCUUCUGGGACCAGCACGGACGCACUUGGUCAGCUCCUUUCAGAUUACACAAAACGUGUUUAUACCUCUCAAUUGCAACAUCUCAAGGACGUUGCAGCUACGCUAGCGACAGAAGAUGCAGACGAUCUUUCUCAAAUUUCAAAGUUGAGAUCUGCCUUGGAGUCUGUGGAACAUAAACGUCGAAGGAUCUUGCAGAGCAUGCGCACUGACGUUGCACUGUUGACUAAGGAAGAAGGUGGAUCGCCGCUGCGAAAUCCUCCUACAGCUACCGAAGACGCGCGCCUGGCGUCGCUGAUAUCAAUCGAAGAGAUCGUGCGAAGUGCUCAGGACAUUUUAAGCGAAGUCUCGCACAAAAGCAUCACGGCAACGAGAAAGCGAGCUCUGUCGGCGCGUGUGAGCGAGCUCUACGGCAGGAUGUCGUCACUGCUGGCCAUCGACCAAGGCUGCGCCCAGAGGCAUCUCAUGGAGAUGAAGAAAGCGGUGGAGUCGGUGGAAGAACAACCGGAUACAAUGGCGAACCACUCGAGAAGCCGGCUAUCCUCGGACGAGAUCCCAGUCCCCGGGGAGCUCUCCUCGUCAUCCGACUGGGGUGACGCCACCUCCGACCUGGGAGUCCAGCAGUGGAGCGUUCUCCAGUUCAACAACGGCACGGCGACGCCGUUCGUGAUCAAGUGCGGCGCUACGCCAUCGCUGGAGCUGGUGGUGCGAGCGCAGGCAAGCCUGGGUGACAAGUCGGGGCGAGAGACCGUGGCUCCCGUCCCGGUUCCAGCGGCACUGGCGGGGCUGUCACUGGACGAGAUGCGAGAGGUGCUGUCGCCGCUUCCAGAGGCCCUGUGUCAGCUAGCUCUCGCGCGGACUGCCGAUGGAACGCGAGCAAGGUACGCAAGGCUGUACAAGACGCUUGCGGUCAGAGUCCCGGCGCUCCGGGGCUCCAUCAAUGGCGAGCUUGUGACUCCAUCGCCACAGCAGCAGCAGCAGCAGCAGCUACAGAGGCAGUCAUUGUCUUCUGCCAAGCAGCAACAAUAACAACGAGAAAUCUCAAAAGUAAGUGAUUGAGAGCAAGAGAGAGAGAGGCAUUUUUUUUCUUAUAUUCUCCCACACACGGCUUUGUGGCUUUGUUUUCCCGUUUUACUCCUCUCCUUGGUUUACUUUGAAUGGGGAUUUUGUGUAUAUUAAUCAUUUUCUUUUCUCUGUUUCUCCUUGUAAACUUAAAUUACAGUACUUUAAAGAUUAUCUCAAGUAGAAAGUUAACCA